CGCCGACAUGCCAGUUCUCGUUUGAACCGUGACUAUCGUGGUUGUCUGUGGCGAGCUUCACAAAGUUUACAACCGCGAAAGGAUUUUCCUUUGUCCCGAUCCACACGGAUCCUGUCGUAUUAUGAGUCCGCGCGAGAGCUGCGAACAAUCACGGCGUAUUGUGGUGCCGAAGCGUGUACGUUCUAUAUCGCGUCGAAGUUCUCGUAACUUACCAAAAUUCUGUGACGGUUAUCCAGCGAAACGCGUGCGCCGGGCGAUUUGAAAUACUUAAGUGUUGUGUGUGAGGACGGUCCGAUAGACGUUGUGCUACCUGUGUUGUUUUUAACUUUUGUAACAAUGUCGACCGGCAAGCGUCUUGCGAAGCGCUCUAUCAUCGGCACGCGUGUUGCGGCGCUGGGUGAUGAAGGACUGUACUAUUCAGGGAUGAUUCAGGCGGUGAAAACGCCGGCGCCGUUCCCGGAGAAUAAUAACUGUAUUAACUUGACUCCUAAUACUCGAUACACUGUGCGGUUUGACGGCGGUAAGCUGACCAGGGAAUAUAGAGACGCUGAGCUGAUCGGGCCCGGUUUCCGGGGCCUAACCGGAGUGCGUUUGAAGGCCGGUCAGCGCGUGUUCCUCACGUACAAUGGGCGCGAGGUGCGCGCUGACGUGCUGGAACACGACCACGAUUCUGAUGAAUUGCGCGUCCAGGUGCAUUCACCUUCAGCAGAGGCGCCAAUAGAACUCAGGAAAAGGCUGGAUGAGAUAAGGCUUCUGGAGUCACGUAAAUCAGCGAGACUGGCUGAUGUUGAUACAGACUUCGCAAGGCUUGCAGAUAUGGCAGGAGACCGCCGUAGAGCCUCCGCUACCAUCGAAGUACCGGCACAUCAUAUGCAGGGGUCUCGCAAACGUGGCCCCAGCAGCUCAUACGACCUUGGCUAUGGAGAACGCGACGAUCAGAUGAAUGAAUGCAACGCAGCCUUGGUGCUGAUGUCUCUGAGCUGCUCACCAAACUCACCACGACCAAGCGCAUGGGGCGGUCGGUCAUCAGUGUCUCCUGGCGCAAGCAGCAGCUCCGGUUCAUCAUGGCGCUCUGGUACUCCAUCACCGCCUCCUGUCUCCUCCUCAUUCAGCGACGAAGGCAUUGCAAUGGACUAUGAAGAUCAUCAUCCACGCAAGAAAAGGGUAAAUAGCGUCGUCUUUGAAUGCACCUGGAGAGGAUGUGGUUACAUCACACACACCUGUUUUUCUAUUGAAGCACAUAUCAGACAGACACACUUAGGGCCAAAGAAAGAAGGUGAAAGUGAUCAUGAAGAGGAGUUCUAUUACACGGAGCGUGAAGUGUCUACGCCAGCACCGCCACCCACUUUAUCCCACCGAGACAUGUGCAGACCUCCACAUGAAGAUCCAGAUUAUCAACGUCAGAUUGUUGGAUCUUACAGACAAGGACUUCUAUCAACAAUGCAGAACAUAUCAGCGAGGUCCAUAAGCAUUCCCGUAACGCAUUCCUGGUCUAACUCACACUCCCCGAAGCACAUGAAAAUAUCAGCAUCAGGUGCAUCCCCUAGCAGCCCGGGCCGCAGACCACGCUCAGACAAUAAGAAAUGCAGGAAGGUGUACGGAAUGGACCAGCGCGAUCAAUGGUGCACGCAGUGCAAAUGGAAGAAAGCGUGCACACGAUUUGGUGAUUAAACGCUGAAUUUGCAAAUGAGGUUUUAUACGAGUAACUUCUACUGCCAGAACAGAUGCCAGGGUUAUUACCCAACAUACCAGGGUAGUGACAUCACCGAACUUUGAGAUAGUGUCGUAUCGGACAUUAAGUAUUUUAAGACAUGAUAUUUUAAAUUUAAGUAAUGUUAAUGGAGACAUAUUUUUCCUUUCCUGUGGAUACAGCAGACAUUGCCCACAUGUUUUUGUAGGGAUACGAAAUGUCUUGAACAGAGACUGUGAAUAUUUUAGACGUAAGCCUAUGUUAGACUGACUUUCGUUUAGUGUGAAAACAUUUGGACAUUAGCGUCUCCUACUCACUAGCAUUUGACCUGUACAGCACAUUGCACAUGCAGAAAUAUCUAUUUUAUGACUAUUAUACUUCUAAAAGCCAAACACCGUAAUAACUAGUCGUAUUUUUUUAUCAAAUUUAUUUGUUUACGAGCUUUGAUUGACUUAAGUUUGCGAAUGACAAUUGACAUAUGUCAGUGAAAUCCGUCCGCGUUCGCGCUGUAAAUAAAUGUUCUCACACUGCGAAAUUAUAAUCUAUAUCGACGGGGUGACCAUCGUUCCAGUCGAAAUAUACAAAUGGUUGAUAUGUUUAUGUAUUGACUGAAUUAGAAAUAUACUUAAUGUAAGUUUUCUCAGGUUUGACUAAAAGACUAAAAUUUAGAUUGGAAUUUUUAAACAUAUCUGUACGUAUACAUGUUGGUCCUGGAGAUGAAGACAAUACUCAGGAUUGAGGAUAAAAGCUUGGACAAGAGAAGGAGAGUCGGUUGAUGUGACGAAAAUUAAUGGUGCUAAUUCUGAUGAACUUAAUUUCAGAGUAUGUAUGAAAUUUCACGAGCGUAGUAGCAUAUUCUUUUACCUAUAGUAGCUCUGACAGAUAACAUAACGAUUUUGACAGCAAACGCUUAUGACUACAGACUACAUAUUCCAAUAGAUUACACAACUUAGACAGAAUUAGCACUAUUAAAGCAAUAAAUAAUAAAUGCUUUAAAUUGACAUCUAAGUUUGAUAAAGACAUUUUAUGACGGAUUAAUUGCCCAAUGUUUUGAAAGGCGUCAAGAAAGAGUUGUCUAUGAAGAUGGCUCUGCAUAUCACUCAUGACCUAAUGGAGUUUAAUUGAGGCGGUAAAUGACACGUAAAAACAUCUUAACGUGAUUUUAUUACGGAAAGGAGAAAUUCUUUUAAUUAAAAAAAAAUUUACCAUACGACCGAUCGGCUCAAGGAAGGAAAACGGACGUGAAAGGAUAUUGCAAGAUGCAAUAUUAUUUAUUAAGUAUUAUACAUAUGUAAAUAAUAUAUAAGUUACGUUUUAUUAUAGGUACCAAAAGCAAUCGUAAUAUAGGGUACCUCGAGUGAAAUAUUUAUGUUCGUUACUUAAUGUGAUUGUUAACGAUAAUUUUAUAGACACGAAGUAUAUUAAAGUUAUGAAUUAAGAAUAAUAUAUUGAAUCAUUUAUCAGCGCGGCGUUUCCAUAUCUUUGGUGUUACCAUUUAAGUUAAAUUCGAAACAGUGCCAAUACAAUGUUUAUUCAAGUGUUCAUGUCUUAUUGGUGCUUUUGCAAAACGCACAGUAAAUUUUAUAUAUUGCGUGACAAGCUGUGGUUUAGGCCAAAUGCCUCGUAGCCACACAGGUAUCGCUUAUCUUGCCAAAUUGCAGUUCAAUUUGACCUGCACCGUUUACCAAAUAUAACAGUUAUUGUCAAAGGUUGUGAUACAAAUUAUUGUAAUGAAAAUUACGAUACUUUAAUUCACAUUGAAAUUCGCGCGCGAAAAACCAAAUGAUCCCCUUUAGGCUAGGAUAACAACUCAGCUAGCGUUUAAUCAACUGCCAUAAUUUAAGAAAUUAGAUUUAUCUAUGGAAUAGAAACAGUAUAGAUUAGCUUAAGCUGGAAGUCAUAGAGUAGUAUUUAAUUAAGUACAAUAAACUUCAUAACGUGCAAAUAUUUCUCUUGUUCCUAUUCCCUCUUGACAUUUUCAAUGUUGCUCUAUGUUUUGUCUAUGGUCAAAAUGCUACUUGGUGCUCGAACUGCUUUUGCUGAAUCAAACCGAUCUCAACAUUCACGAAGCUAUUAGAUUUAUUUACAAAAAUAUUAUUUAUUAGUUUUAUAUUUGUAUUAUUAGAUUUUAUGUUUUAUUUAUUUAGCCAAAUUUGCUCAAUGUACACUCACCAAAGUCAUAAUAAAAAUAGCAGUACAAAGAGCAUAAUAAUGCGCAAAAAGUAUUUGUAAAUUGCCGACUUGGCGGCUUGCGUUCAUAUCAUAUAAAGGCGGUUUUGAUCGUCGAAAAAUAAUUUUAGUUAUACGAACGCUAGUCUAGACUAAGUCUUAUUCUGAAACAUUUUUUCAUAGAUUUUAUUUUCGAGAGUGUAUCUUUAUUAGUUACAUACAGUCGCGUUGUGAGAAUUACUCAAUAAUAAUUUAAAUAAAUUAUUGUUUAGUAGACUCUAAAGGUACUUAUCACUGUAUUUAUAAGUUUUCAUAUAUUUUUAUACAGUUUCCCAUCACCGCUUUUCUGUCAUAUAAAUAACUAUAUGUAAAUUACUGUGCCUCUUCUUAAACUUAAUAUAUAAUAAGAGAAAAAUGUAAAUAUGUAUAAUUGAUACUUAAGUACCUUCCCGUUACAAGUUGAGAGAAUAUACCUAGUAGAAUAUUGCUUUAAUCGGCCAAUAGAUUUCCAAUUUCGUUCCAUAGACAAGGUUGAACAAAAAAGUUUUAUCUAUUAUCUGUAUUUAUAACUGAUAGCUUAUAAUCUGUGUAACUACAAUCUGUAAAUUGUUGUGGGCAAUAUAAUUUUAUGAAAAUAUGUCUCCUAAAUUUAUGUAAUAACAGAAAUAGGUGUGGUUCUAUGGGUUAGACGCAUUACAUCAAAGUACCUUAAAUAGUUUAAACUGGAAAAUUCACCUUCAUUUAUUCUUUGAUUUUUAUAAUUAGUAUUAUUAAAUUUUCUAUUUAUUUAGACAAUGUUCACGAUGACAUAUUUUUAAGUAGUUAAUUGUUUUAUAUUUUUAUCUUAUUUUAAUUUUUAGGGCGUGUCCCGUCAAUGUAUCAUUAAUAUAUUUACGAUGGUUACCAGUAGAUGUAAGAUGUGUGUCUUUAUCGGAACAUUGAUACGAUUCGUUCUCGAUGUAGGCAUAUUUCCAUAUUAAAAUUAUUGUUAUUGUCAAUAUCACAGAAGUGCAUAACCCGCUGUCAGCAUUACAUUUAUUUAUGAAUCAACUGUUAAAAUAAUACGUAAGAAUUUUGGCGCGAAAUGUUUAUGGCCAAACUUCAAGGUCAAUUGUCAAAUUAUGUGCACAGACUGAGGUCAGAGGUGUUUUUAGUUGGGAAUCGUUGCAAUAUUUGCUGAUGAUAUUAAACAUACUUAAAGAGAUGCCUAAUUUUUAUGGUUAAUUACCUAUUAAUAAAUAGGUUACGCCAGGUCACGUAACUAUUUCCAAACCAAAACAUUGGCGAUCGUAAUUCACUUUGUCUAUGGCUGAUAUUAAAAAAUGAGACUUAGCGCUAAGCCUGACUCGCGUACGUCAAAUUAAGUGCAAAGUUUAGUUUUUUAAUCUCACCCUAAAGCUCUGGCGGUAGAUACCAAAUCAAUGCCAAAUAAUCACGCUUGUCUGCCCUCAAUUUUUGUCUAAACAUAACUGCUGACAGUUCAUCUAUUGUGAUAUUUAUAAUUUUUUUUUUAUAGUAGAUGAAAUCUUGUGUUAAACGUUAUAUAUUAACUAGCCGCUAAGUAUUGUUACUUUAAAUAGUACCUCCUAAAAGCCUUAAACCGUUUUCAGAUAUACCACAUUCCAUAGAUUAUCUAUGGAAUACAGAUUCAAAUUGUAACAAAUUUUGAAUAAAAUAAUUAUAACUGUGGGUCUACCAUGAAUACGUCAAUAUAUCAUUGUCCUACCAAGUGAGCCUCAUGAUGAGGAUGACCUUACCGAUUUCUUGAAGAGGCUUUGCUUCUAAUUGACUAGUUUACAGUACCCGUUUAUACCGCAUGUGUGUGAUGUGUCAUAGAAUAGCAUGUCAAACUCCUGGGGGCUUAGACACGAUGCCUUAACAGUAGUUUAAUUGUAACUAAAUUUGUAUUAAAAUACGACACGAACUGUCAUUUUCAUACAAAUUUAGUUUACCACUUUGUAUAUACACUUCUGUUAAGGCAUCUUGUCUAAACCCCUGGUAGAGAUAAUGGAACUAAUUCAGAGACAAGACUCAGCGCUACGUAUGACAGUUUGUCAACAGCCUUUUGACAGAUGACAGGUGUCAUAUUUAGUGAAGUAGUUCGGUUAAAACGUCAUGGUAGUCCCCGUUUUACGGUCUAAAGAUUUUCCUUAAGGUACAUUCAGCUCUCUAUAAAUAGUCGAAUUGUGAAACACCAUUCAAAGGACAUUGUUUCACAGAUUAUAAAACAUUAUAAUCACAGAUUAUGUUAAUUUUGAACAAUGUAUUGAAUUAUUUUCCCGAAAUGAAUUGUGAAAAAUAUAUUAAAAAUGUAGUACUAUCUCUCGAUAUUGUUUUAUGAGAUUUGCAAAAAUUGUAAUGAAUUAUAUUAUAUUAAGUAAUAGAUCUUAUAAUUUAUUGGAUAUGUUAUAUUACGAUAUUAUAUAAUAUAUUUAUUAUUUUACAAAUAUAAAUUUAGACCUAA